AUGGCACAGCCCUUGCCGUUUAUCUCUCGACGUUCAACUGUAUAUGGCACUCACGCCAUGGUAGCCAGCACUCAACCUCUGGCCACUCAGGCCGGUAUUGAUAUCCUCAAGCGUGGUGGAAAUGCAGCGGAUGCUGCAGUAGCUGUCGCUGCUGCUCUAAAUGUUACUGAGCCUGGAUCUACUGGUAUUGGUGGUGAUGCCUUUUGCCUUUACUAUGAUGCAAAAUCAAAAACUGUCCGGGGUUUGAAUGGCUCUGGCAGAACUCCUGCUGCAUUGACACUCGAACAUCUUCGCAAUAUCGAUAAGAUCAAACAAAGAGUACUUCCUAGUAACUCUGCUCAUGCUGUAACUGUUCCUGGUGCGGCUGCUGCUUGGGUAGAUACUGUCAAAACCUUUGGGUCCGGAAAUGUCGAUCUCAAAGACGUAUUGACUCCAGCUAUUGAUUUAGCUGAGAACGGGUACCCAGUUUCAGAAAUCUCUGCCUAUGGAUGGAAAGCAGAGCAAGAUCAACUCAAGGAGCUCAAUCCCAAUUCAUCGAUAGAAUACUUGAUUGAUGGUAAAGCGCCUACUGAAGGCCAAGUGAUUGCACUUCCAGAAUUAGCAAGAACUUUCAAGGAACUAGCAAGCCAUGGUCACGAUGGAUUCUACAAGGGCAGAAUUGCAGAAUCCAUUGUUGCCGCUAUCCAAUCCCGCGGUGGCUUGAUGACUCUUGAGGAUCUCAAGGCCCAUCAUUCUGAGCUUAUUGAACCAAUCUCGCUCGAAUACCACGACUGGACUGUCUGGGAAAUUCCUCCAAACGGGCAGGGCAUCACAGCCCUUAUUGCUCUUGGAAUCAUCCAAGCCUUGGAAACCGGCGACGACGAAAAUCCUGGUAUUGAUCUUGCUUCAAUGGAUCAUAACUCUGCCGAGUAUUUGCAUAUCAUUGUCGAGGCUCUUCGACUUGCCUUUGCCGAUACUCGAAACUAUGUUACUGAUCCCCAAGUCACAAGGGUUCCAACCAAAGAACUCUUGAGCAAGGCGUAUCUUUCUAAGCGUGCCAAAUGUGUGGACCGUGAAAAGAGAAACAAUACGAUCCAAAAGGGAUUCCCAGAAGAAGCCGGAAACACAGUCUAUUUGUCAGUAGUAGAUGAGGAAGGAAACGCAUGCAGUUUUAUUAACUCGACUUAUAUGCAUUUUGGUUCCCACAUUAUUGCAGAGAAUACAGGUGUCGUACUCCACAACAGAGGCUGCAACUUUGUUCUGGUAGAAGGUCAUCCGAAUGCUAUUGGACCUUCUAAACGUCCUUAUCAUACCAUCAUACCUUCUAUGAUUACUCGCAAGACAACCAAAGGAACACAUGAGUUGGAAGCUUGUUUUGGAGUAAUGGGUGCUUUUAUGCAACCUCAGGGACAACUUCAAGUGAUUCUUAAUAUGAUGCACCAGAAGCACAACCCUCAGCACGCACUUGAUCUGCCUCGGAUUUGUGUCAGUCCUCCAAAACAAUCCGACAACCCGCUCGGAAAAGAUGAUCCGUUUACUGACCUUACGUAUUCUGCUGUCUAUGUCGAGGAUGGUGUUUCAGAAGAAGCCAUCAAGGGACUAGAAGCAAAGGGACAUCUGUGCUAUCGUCUAAAGGCUCAUGCGCGUUCCAUGUUUGGCCGAGGCCAGAUCAUUCGUGUCAAGCAAGAUGAGCGUACAGGAAAGCGAGUCUUGGCAGCCGGAAGUGAUCCUCGUGGAGAUGGACAUGCUAUCGGGUGGUGA